CAUAUAUAUCAAGAAAAAUAUGGGUUUAGGAAAAACUAGGGAUAAUCCGAUCAACCGUUCAUCGGUGAGACACACAAGUCAUAAUCAUCCGUUACGGGUCUUCAAAUCCCAAGAAGAAGAUCAGAUCAUUUGCUCCGGAUGCGAACAUGAGCUAAUUGGGCAAGCUUUCAAGUGCACAAAGUCAGAGUGCGAUUACAUCUUGCACAAAUCAUGUUUCGACCUUCGCGGUGAGACUCAACACAAGUCUCACCCGAAUCACCCUUUAGCGCUGCUCUAUUCUCCACCGAAUGGUCUAUCUACUUACACGUGUGAUGCAUGCGGUGAGUACGGAUCUGCUUUCACUUACCAUUGCUCGGAGUGCAAGUACCAUAUUCACGUGGGAUGUGCGUUUGUUCCCGAGAACGUGGAGCGUGACGAUCACGAACAUCCACUCACUCUACUUUACAAUACACCUUGCAAAGGUCGUGAAGACGGUAUGAUGUUCAUAUGUGAUGUUUGCGAAGAAGAUAUGUCGGAGAAACUUUGGGUGUAUUAUUGCAAAGAAUGCGACUAUGGGACGCAUGUACAUUCAUGCACAUCAUAUGAAGAUAUUGAGCCAAAGAAGGGAGAAGAAAAAGAAGAAGGAGAAUCAAGCUCAUCGACUUCACAUAUAAAGUCAUUGAUGGAGGCUGAGAAAGAGAUGAGAGAGAUGGCGAUAAUACAUCAACUACAGUUAGAUGCUCUUGACGCAGCAGGUAGCUAUGUUGGAUCAUGGGAACCAAGAAGAAAAUAUUAUUGGUGAAUGAUGAAUGUUGGUGUGAGAAAGAUAACGAUCAACUUCACAACCACAAAACUUUGUUUGAAUUUCUCUCUUUUGUGAAUUUUGUUUACGAAAUAAAACCAAACAUAUGUGUUGUAAUAUUUGUAAGGUUUGCAAUAUAUA